AGUCCAUGUUGCCUUCUCUCCGCAAAGCUAUCGGUAUCAGCGCAGUCUCUCCUUCAACAUUGCAACAUCUGAUUUGUGUUCAAACCCAGUGGUUUUCAUCAAGGUAUGCUUAUUCAACCUCUUCCAAUGGGCAUUCUUUCACCGUCUCAUAUCUCAUUGACACCUGUGGCUUGUCACCCAAACAAGCUGCUUCAGCUUCUAAGCGUGUCAGCUUCGAAACGCCGGAUAAGCCUGAUUUGGUUAUCAAUUUCCUUAAAAGUCAUGGAUUCUCUCAGCCCCAGAUUGUUCGUUUCAUUGCUGAGAUCCCAUCGUUUCUCCGAUAUGAUCCUGAGAAAACCUUUCUGCCCAAAAUUGAAUUUUUCAAAUCCAGAGGCGUUUCGAGCUCAGACAUCCCUAGGCUCAUAUGUAGUUGUCCUAGAAUCAUGUCAAGAAGCUUAAGGAAGCAGCUCAUUCCUUCCUUUGACUUCUUUCGAGAUGUGUCUCAAUCUGACGAGAAGCUUAUUAAAACUCUUCAAUAUUGCUCGGGCAUUCUUCUUAACGCCAACACAAUUGCCCGGCCUAAUAUGGAGCUAUUGCGAGAAGCAGGAGUUCCUGAAUCAAAUGUCAUCAAAUUGUUGCAAGUGUAUCCUAGGACAUUAACUGCAAGCCCUAAUGUGUUUAAGGACAUUGUAGAAGAAGUGAAGAAUAUAGGGAUCAAUCCUUUGAAGUAUCAAUUUCUUAUGGCUAUUCAUGUAUUCUUCUGUCUAAACAAAUCCUCAUUGGCAAAGAGAGCUGAUGUUUAUAAAAAGUGGGGUUGGUCUGACCAUGACACUCUUGUGGCAUUUAGAAAGUUCCCUUUCUGUAUGGCAGCAGCAGAGGAUAAGAUCGAUGCAAUAAUGGAGUUUCUUGUCCAUAAAUUGGGCUGGGCAGGAAGCAACUCAAUUAUUAGAGUUGUAUCAGUCUAAACUGGAUCUUGCAAGGAAAAUGAAGAAUGGAAAGGUUUGAAGGUUGGGAAUGACAUAUCUAGCAUGCAAAGAGCUUCAUAUUACACUAGGAUCUCUCCAUUUGAAUUUAGCCCCAAGUUUUAAAGCUUAUCUGAGAAGGCGUUUUGGAGUAAGAAUCAUGUAUAGAGACAUUGUUUUACCUUUCGUUGGAUUAUAGAACCCUUCAUCAGUAGGCUUUCGUGGGCCAUAUUUUCCAUUUGACCUUCUUCGUCACUAGUGCUGCAUUAAAACCAUCCUUUUCCAAAUCAGAAUUCUGGUUUAUGAUUA